CAAGAAGAAAAGAAGAGAGGGAAGUCGAAGUCUAACGGAGCCGUUGCGGGUACCAAAAACGACGACGUACAAAUUGAAGUGCGUUCGGGAAUGUUCGGGGUCGGCGAUGGCGACGUGAUGGGGCGAAUAACCAUGAUAGCCUCGUCUCUGUUGAGUGAACCACUAGAGUCGCUGCACGGGCACGGGGAGAUGUCUCACUCGCCCUCGUUGUCGGUGGCGUCGCAGCAGCUGCAGUGGGGGCAGCAGGAGACACGCUAUUUGAUUGGGAUUCGGGCAGAGCUGGAGAGCGACUUCAAGGCGGUGAAGCGGAACAAGGCGUUGUGGGAGAUCGUGAGCAGUAAAAUGAGGGAGAGAGGGUACCAGAGGACACCUGAUCAGUGCAAAUGCAAGUGGAAGAACCUCGUCAAUCGCUACAAGGGGAAGGAGACAUCAGACCCAGAAGAGGGACGACCAUGCCCCUUUUUCGAGGAGUUGCAUGCAGUUUUCACCCAAAGAGCCAAGAACAUGCAGCAAUCACUUAAUGAACCCAAGGGAGGCUCUGUCCAGAAAAAGAAAAAAUUGAAGGGAAUGAGUGGAGAUAGAUACUCGUUUGAAUUUUCAGAAGACGAAGAUGAGGAUGAAGAUGACAGUGAAGAGGAGCCGAUAAGAAGCAUAUCUCGGAAAAGGAAGGCAGAAAAAACUGUUACGGACAAGUCUACCAAAGCAACUGGUGCCUCUAAAGUAAGCAAUAGUACCAAUGGGGGUCUCCAGGAACUGCUGAAGAAAUUUAUGAACCAGCAACAGAACAUGGAAGCAGAGUGGAGGGAGAUAAUGGAGAGGCGUGCCCUUGAGCGACAGUUGUUUGAGCAAGAAUGGCGACAAUCUAUGGAGAAACUUGAGAGGGAGAGGUUAAUGGUUGAGCAGGCUUGGAGGGAGAGGGAAGAACAGAGGAGGAUAAGAGAAGAAGGCCGAGCUGAGCGGAGGGAUGCCCUCUUGACUACCCUCUUGAACAAACUACUGCGUGAAAAUAAUCUAUGAUACUACAGAUAGGUUUACAGGCUGUCACAAUUUAUUUGCUUCGGUUUGUUGUUGUGCUUCGCAUGAAUGGACUAUGGAGUGAGUUUGAUUUUGGCUUGUGAACAUUGCUGGUACAGAAAAAUUACAUGUUUUUGGUCAUAAGGGGAAACAAGAGAAAGCGGGAAUAGAAGAUAAGGCGUCAACGAGAAACUUAUGAACAGUACCCUUUUAAUUUGUAGCAUAAGGAAAGGAACUUUUACAUGGUAAUUUGACACACGCAGAAAAUCUGGAGCUAUGCUAUUCUUGUAUUCAAUAGUAGGAAUCCAUGUAAUCUUGGAUAUGCAGCACUCAAUGUAGAUUUUGUUAUUUGAUGAUGGUCUUAUUUUCUGUACACAUUGUUACCUUCGCGUUCUUUUCUAUUUGCAUAUUUGCCGGCCUCAGCAGCCGUUUAGAGUUGAA